GUCGCUCGCUGGUGGACGUUCCGGUCAGGUCGGUGUGCCCUGCUCGAGAGUGGAUAUGGAGUGGACCAACCUGUGGAACUUUUUGGUGACACUGUGCCGGCUGGUGUGUGGCACCGUUUCAUUCUUCGUACGCCACCGGUUACAACGCCACUGGCCACCGCCCCUCCGGCCGCUGGUGACCGUGAGACAGGGUAAGGUACGGGGCGUUACCUCGACCCUGCCCAACGGCGGCCGUUACCACGGCUUCAAAGGCAUCCCGUACGCAACGGCCCCGAUCGGUGAGUUGCGGUUCCGGGCUCCGGUUCCGCUCGAGAGCUUCCGGACCCCGGUCGUAGACUGUGGCAUCGAGCGCAGCGACUGCGUGCAGCUCGAUUUCUUCUCCGGCAUCGUGUUCGGUGCCGAAAGUGGCCUGUAUCUGAACGUCUACACGCCUCAGCUUCCCGAUAGCGAGCGCGAGUGCCACCCGCUGCCCGUUAUGGUGUUUCUGCACGGUGGCGGGUUCGCUUGCGGCACUGGUAGCAGCUUCUUCUACACCCCGGAGUCACUGCUGCAGCGUGGCGUACUCGUGGUUACGCUCAACUACCGUCUAGGGCCGUUCGGGUUUCUCCACCUACCGGACGCCGGCAUCGAGGGUAACGCCGGGCUGAAAGAUCAGUUGAUGGCGCUUCGCUGGGUGCAGGAAAAUAUCUCUCAGUUCGGGGGCGAUCCACACUGCGUCACACUGUUCGGGGAAAGUGCUGGCAGCUUCUCGUCUUAUCUGCACCUGCUUUCGCCCAACUCACGAAAAUACUUCCACCGCGUGAUCUGCCAAAGCGGAGUCGUCUGCUCGAAUGCCUUCAUGCAGCAGGACGGUGUGCAGAUGGCGUUAAACUUGGCGCGCUACUUCGGCUACGUUGGGACCAGCCAGCAUGGAGCACUCGAAACGCUGCUGAAGGUGCCGGCCAAACUGCUCGCGAGACAUCAACGGAAGGCACUCGGCAACGGGAAUAAGAGCCACGAUCUGGUGUUCGUCUUCCUACCGGUCGUGGAACGCACGCUGACGCAGGACAGCAUCAUAACGGAGGAACCGGAGCGAAUACUAAAGACCUACGAUGCCCUGCGCUUGCCCCUGCUCGAGGGCUGCAACGACGCCGAGGGUAUCCUGGGGCUGCACAUCAUGCGCAACCGGCCCAACGGAAUCGCCCAGCUACCGUACCGUUUCGCGGACAAGAUGUUCCACCGCCUGCCGCCAGCGCAACGGUUGGCGAUUGGCGACAAGAUCAAGCGGUUCUACUUUGCAGAUCAACCAGCAGUCAAGUGGAGCACGGAUCAGUUGAAGCAUCUGCUGUCGGACACGAUAUUCAUGACCGAUUCCAGCGUCAACGCCGAGUGGCUGGCCAAGUACCAGCCAAACAUGGCCCACUACCAUUACCGCUUCACGUACGACGGGAGGUUCAGUUUGUUGAAACGGCUGUUCCGCAACAGCACGAUCGCUGGCGCCUGCCACGGGGACGACGUGUUUUAUGUGUUCAACUCCCGCUGUUUGCCAAGUCUACCGCCGAACUGCGACGAGCAUCGAGUGCGGGACAACCUGGUGGCCCUCUGGACCAGCUUCGCCCGGCACGGUGACCCAUCGCGCGACGUGCUGGACAUCCCGUGGGAACCGGUGCGUAAAGUGUCCGCGAACGCCCCGGAUUUCCAACUGGACUGCCUUGAGAUUAAUGUACGGCCGGCGAUGGUGACUGAUCCGUGCAGAGAGCGCCGACUCUUUUGGCGCACUUUGUUCGAGGAAAACCUGAAGGGAUAUUUUUGA